AUGCGACAACGCUAAUAGAAGAUCAAACAACAAGCUGAGAAUACAUAAAGAGUCACCUCUAGAGAAAAUACUUCAAUAGUCACAAAGCGAAGACUUAUCAAAAAAGAAGAUAAGAGUAAUCGAAGAGUGAUGAAGGAGCAGAAAAUAUAGGUCAAGAAAGAGCCUAAACAGAAUGAAUCUAAAUAGAAUGCCCUCAAUCAUAAAAAGAUGACUACCAGAGCUUUGAGAUAGGAGUCAAGGUAAAAGCAAAAGGUUGAGAAGGUUAAGGAUGAAAAAUAAACUUUAGCUUUGAAUGCAACUAAAAAACGAAAGGGAAGACCUCCUGGAACAAAAGCUAUGAAAACAGGUGUCUCACUGAAAUAAACCCAAAUUAUAGAAAAUCAUGAAAAAAUUGAGGACUCUAUUCAGAAAAGUGAGGUAAGUGCUAAUGAACUGUCAAUCAAUUCAGAAUCAAUGGAUUUAAAGCAUGAUGUUCAAAAUUUCAAAUAUGAAUCAGAGUCAAGCAAGAUUUAUGGAGCUAAUGCCGAAAUUCAAAUUAAAAGAAAAAGAGGUAGACCAAGUUUGAAAUCCAAACUUGAUAAUACACUCUAAGAGCACUUAUCAAAUAAGGAAUUUCAUGGAAUCGGGUAAAAUUAGGAGUAAUUAUUGGGGUAAUAAGAAAUUAAAUCAAAAUCUGAAUAGCAAGUUUCUGAUCAAAUAAAACAAAAGGCUGAAAUUGAGGCCACUCAAAACACUCGAAUCAAAAAUCAUAAAUUCGAAGAGCCUUUAGGGAUCAAAAGAAGAACAAGGGGCUAUCAUCCCAAGUAUGGCUAAGAGCCAUUCGCAACUUUGAACUUGGCAACUAAGAAAAGGUAAAGAACUUAAUUGGCACCAUAAAUCAAAGCUGAAAGAGAAUCUUCUAAUUUUCAACAAUAACCACAACAAUAGUAACUUAUGCAAAGUCAAACCAAUAAUGAGAUAGCUAAUUUUCUUAUGCAGUCUCCUUCACAUUAAUAAAAUCCAUUAAGUUACGAUACUUCUAGUUCAGAGAGCUGCAAAUCCUCAAAUGAUGAGUCUUCAUCUAGUUCAAUGAGCUAAAGCCAAGAGUUUAACGCUGAUUUGAAAGCUAACACAGGACAUUAAACUAUGAAUUCCCAUAUUGCAAGUAACGGAUAGAGUAAUAAGGUGAAUCUUUCCAAUUACAUUACAAAUUUCACUCCUCAUUCAAUGACUCAGUAAAUACUUAUUAAGUAGCAACUGCUGAAUCCCCAUCUAUAUAAGAGAGGUCCAACAAAAUAUUAAAAACCCUCUCUUGACUAGAUCGGUAGCAAUACAAAAGGUCAUUGGACCAAAGAGGAAGAUCUAAUGCUAGCUGAUGCAGUUAAGAAAAAUGGAGGUAAGAAUUGGAAGAAAAUUGCAGAGGCACUUCCAGGUAGAACUGAUGUCCAAUGCCUGCAUAGGUGGUAAAAGGUACUUAAUCCUAGUCUUGUCAAGGGACCAUGGACAGAGGAAGAGGACAGAUUAGUAUUGCACUUGGUUGAGACUAACGGCCCUCAGAAAUGGACUUAAAUAGCAGAGCACCUACCUGGAAGAAUAGGAAAGCAGUGCAGAGAAAGAUGGCAUAAUCAUCUGAAUCCAAAAAUAAAAAAAAUUGGAUGGAGUCACGAGGAGGAAUGGAUUUUAUAUUUAUUCCAUAGAAGAACUGGCAAUAAAUGGGCUGAAAUCGCAAAGGUCCUUGACGGUAGAACAGAUAAUACCAUUAAGAAUCAUUGGAAUUCAUCUAUGAAGAAAAAGAUACCAGAAAUGAGCAGAGAAUAUGAUAUUUAUAUGAAGGAAAGUCUUUCUCAAAGGGGAAUAGUAUUCCUUGGGAGCAGUCCAAGCACCUUGGCAAAUUGUCCUUAAAGUUACCAGAAGCAAGUAGAUGAAAUAGAAAGAGAUCUCAUGCAAAAUAAAAUUGAAUAGGUCAAACAACAGAAUAAGAUAUACUUUGAAAAUAAGGCAAGAGAGCUUUUAGAUAGGAGAAAGGAUGAUAAUAUUAGUUAUGCCUCUGCUAAUCUCUUAUUUAAAAGUCUGAACAUGAAAAUUGAGAAUUUCCUAAGCAGCCCUAUGAUAGCAGAGGGUGAUAAAGCUAGCUAAUCUUGCCUAAAUAGUGCAAAUUAAAAAAUAAAAAAUGAUAGACAAGAGACUAGCAGCCAAAAAGAAUAGAUAAGUCAGUAAAACUCAAAUUACCGAAAUACCUUAAGAAUAAAUAUCCCAGGUUAAAUUAAGGAAAAAACAAUAAAUCAUAGUUAGUAGAGACUUGAUUUUACCUAGCUAUAGAAAAAAUAUUUAUACCCAAUGGGAAAUCAGAAUAGAGGAAGAGGAAAGGUAGCAAGAAACUUCACUCCCAAAAUUCAGUCUUACCCAACAUAAAGUGGCAUUAAGAAUGUGGCUUUUAAAGACUCGAUAACAUAUAUCCAGAUACCCCUUAAGUCUGAGCUUUAGAAGAUUGGUAACAAUUAAAAUAAUAUGAGUCCUUAGGGUAGAUUAAACAGGGAUCCGUAACCAAGAUAAAAUAAUGCCUCUGCGAAAUCACUGAAUUCAUCUGCUAAGGCUAAAGAUUUCUAGAAUCAAAUGAUAUCAAACUAUGGGAACUGUUCUAACUUUAAAAUAUGCAAUGAAAAUGAAGAGUUUUUGAAGUAUAAUAAUUAGUAAACUGAAGAGAAAGAUUACAGACAACUGAUAAUGAGUACGCCUCCUUCAAAUCUCUAUAAGUCUUCAAAGUAUGCAAUGAUUGGUAAUAGCACUCAUAAUAACAUAGCCCUGUUCAGUUGCACCCCCAAAGAGGAUAGAAAUAGCAAAGUUAACAAGGAGGAACUUAAACAGGCUCCUACUUUCAAUCAAUCCUAGCUAAACAAUGCAGCAAAUCAAUCUAGAAAUAACACUUUGCUCUAAACCCCACCAUAUCAUGGAGGUGGAAGUAUAUUAUCAAAGGGUAUAUUCUAGUUAGGUUCACCAGCUUUGUAUAAUAAUUCUUGUGAAUCCCUUAAGUAGCAAUAAUAACAUCAAAUAAGAUGCCCUAAACCAUAGCAGAGCAAUUACUUUUAAAACUAGAAUAGUUUUACCAAGAUUACUAAAUUUAAUGCCUCACCUCCUCAGAAUAGCUUGAGCUAAAAUACUAUGAUAGGAUAGACCACUAGAUCAGCUUUCAGUAAUAUAACUAAUACUUAUAUGAAUAACUAGAAUCAGACCUCCCCGAUGCUCCUAAAUACGAAUGUGAAAGCAAACAUAAACUUUGUACGUGAUACUUAUGAAAAUCAGCAGAAUGAAUUUGAAAGUCCUAGUAAUAUGCUAAAAUUUACUUCCAAGACAAAUAACUAUAUUUAAGCCACCCAAGCGACAACCUUAAAUAGUAGCAGAAAAAUAGAGAAUAACGAGAAUGAGAAUAUUGAUGUGCCUUCCAUGUUCUUAAGGACACCAAAAGACAAGGAUAAAAAUAUUAGAGGUGGCAGUAUUAUAGACUAGUAUUAUGCUAACUCAGGUGCUAAAAUCAGUGUUUCACCUUUCUUCAAUUAGAAAUGA